UAGAAUUAUUUCAUCUCUUUGUUUCAAAAUGCACAUCGUUUGAUAAACAAAUCCAACGAUCGACAAAAGGUUUGUUUUCAAAAUAUAAUAGGAGUCAUUUAAAGUGCUGCCUUUGGAAACGGUUGCCAAAUUCUAGUGUUGAAAUCAUCGUAAAGGGAGUGUUGCCGUUUUGACUGAUUUUCACUCUGCGUCUCUUUCACUAUUCUCUUUGGUGCGAACGAAAGAGUGGGUUUCAAUAUGUGCAAUUUGAGUCGCUUUUGGCCGACUAGCACUCGCAGAAAUUCUACCCGGCUGGGGAGUGAACCGAGUGAACGAAAGAAAAGCAUGCAUGGAGAACACUCGGAUACGAGUGUUGGGCGCAAUGAGAAUACGCGAAUGAGAAAUCUAGAGUUUUCAACAGGACAGACGUUGUACAAAAAUCUUCGUCACCGAGUCGGUAACCCAAAUUUUCAAUAUACGAGUUAUCAAAAGUUAAAAAAUGUUCAAUGUUAUAAAAAUCAAAAGGUCAAAAGAUGAUCGCUGGUUUAGGUCCAGUGUUUCUACUGUGUUGUUAUUUAUGUUGUUUUCUUGCGAGUUUUUCAUUGAUCCCACGCCAACAGCCGCCGGAGUCGUCAGUGUGUGCCGGUGCUUUCCCGGUCAAGGUUAAAGUAUGGUUUCAAAAUAGACGAAUGAAACAUAAGCGACAAACGUUAUCAAAAACAGAUGAUGAAGAUUCGAGCAAAGAUGAUUUGAAAGAUUCCAACUCUAAGAAAUCAUGCCAAGGCUGUGAAUUACCGUCUGACGAUAUACCGGACUCAACAUCGAACUCAAGAGGUUUGAAUAAUAGUACACCCAAUAAUUCCGUCACUCCGAACUCAACAAUUGAAAUAAGUACUCCUAAUUGCAAUACUGUUAAUGCAGAUUCAAGUGUCGCCUCUUGUGGAAGCAUUGAUGAUGACGAAGAUAUGCCCAUCACCAUUAGUAAAAAACAUAUUAAUUCGACAGCCACGAAGAAAGAGAGCUCCAUUUCUACGAAGAAUGUGACUCACCACAUGUCCCAGGAAACCCGAAAAGAUUCCAACAUUAACAUACCUCAAAUACCAACUACCACUAAUGUGAUUACAUCUUCUGAAACAAUAUCAAAUCCCGGCAUGCAAAGUCAGUAUAAUCAGAUAGUAUGUACUCCGAUGGUGAAAAGCAAGAUGCAACAUCAAACGGUUUUCGACAACGUACCCACGCUGAAUGUCAGCGGAUGUUAUGGUGGAUUAAAUAAGCAAGAAUAUUUCAACAAGGUUGAUGUUAGCUAUCAUCAAUAUACUAAGACACUAUCAGCUCACCAGUACAUGAGCCACUCUUCAAUCGGUCACAAACAAGAUUUUCCAUCUACUAUCAAUGUGAAAAAGUUUUGCACCCGAUAUCAUUCAGAAGGUACAAGAAUACAGCAACAUCAUGAAGGAUACCCUCAAAACAUCCACCAAAACCUACAUUUCUAUAGCAAUGACAGUACAACUGCCCAGACUUCUUUUAGUAAUGUGCAAUGCUAUCACAGCAAUUACGAUGCGCAGAACGAAUUCAAUAGCAACUAUUGCGAUCCAAAAUCUCAAGCUUAUUAUUACGACGGAACAUCUUAUCACCCUCCAAAUGCAACUGAGUCAACAAAUAUGCAACCCUCUAUGGAAUAUCAACCAAAUAACAAUUUCGUCAAUACUGGGAGUUCCGAAAACGUACAUUUUCAUCAACCAUAUUAUGAUGCACAUCAAAUACACAAUCCUUAUCACCUGGGACCCAAUAGCAAUACUACUGGAAACAUAGAGCAUCACCAGCUAGGGCACGAUUCUGUAUACGCUACACACAGUAGUAACUUCCCGAUUAGUUAUGGACCAAAUAAUACAAAUAUAGUUAGUGGUAAUGUUAGUUCUAACGUAACACAGUUGGAAAAUUCAAACUCAUCUUCCGACUUUAACUUUCUAAGUAAUCUAGCAAAUGAUUAUGCUCCUGAAUACUAUCAGUUAAGUUAAUAUUACUAGUGUCAUAUUUUUAUGUUCUAAUAAAGAUGGCAAGCACACAUAUUGUGAAUAA